CACCAAUCGAUCAAUGUAAGUAUUUGCUAAAAGGAUGGAAAUACGACAAUGAGAGGGAGAUAGAGGAGGAGACAUGCGGGUGGUCAUUAAACGACAUAAGCGGUCAGCAUAGGUUUACCUUUACGACAGAUGGACUUCGACUUUGAGCAUGAGGGGUUGGACCAUAGGCUGAGGGAGGGGAUUGCAGUUUCGACAAUGUGAUGCAGCUUACGUGGACCCGACGAAGCAGGGAUAGGUCGGUAGCGAUAACAUUUGUAGAAUCGGACCUUCCAGCAUUCCUUCUUGAAGGUCUAGCAAAAUACUCAAUUCCGUCGCCUGAAACAACAAUACGACCACACAUGUCUCCUUCUUAUCCAUCCGACCUCGUCUAUCGCCUUUUUCUAGCCCUCAUGACAACCAUACUGACCUUUCAACCCUCUUGCAAUCCAUAGUCUCACAAUGGCACCCAAGGGACAAGGAAAGAAGCGCUCUGCUCUUCACGAUGUCGUCACUCGUGACUACACAAUCCACAUGCACAAGCGUAUCCACGACACUCAAUUCAAGCAACGUGCACCAAAGGCAAUCAAGGAAGUUGUCAAAUUCGCACAAAAGACCAUGGGUGUUAAGGAUGUUCGUAUUGACCCCAAAUUGAACCAAGAAGUUUGGAAAUUGGGUGUCCGUGGUGUACCAAGAAGAAUGCGUGUCCGUUUGGAACGCAAACGUAACGAUGACGAAGACGCCAAGGAGAAAUUGUACGUUUACGCUACACCAAUCGUCGGCAUCACAAACUUCCACGGUUUGCAAACAACCGUUGUUGACCAAGAGUAAAUGUACAUCACACCCGGCUAAAAUUCAGUAAGCAUAGCUUAUCCAUCUGGAUCAUAACCACACAAAAACACAUCUAUGCGACUUUGACAUUCACUUUGGGUUUGUCUUGUCGUCCUUGUAUGAUUGAGCAUCUUUUCACGUCAUUCUGACAAUACAUACAUACGCAUUCAUGAUAUGAA